GCCAAGCGGGACGUUUUGGAAACUCAAAAUCUCAUACAAAAUGAGACUUAACGCAAACGCGUACGUCACGUUUCGCUAUCGAAUAAAUUUACACUAGGGGUACAGGUUAAAUUUGAUCUUAAAUUUGAUCAGUUAGUGUCGAAAGUGACGUAUCUGGUUGGUGGUAUAUGCCUCCCUGUAUUGUACGUUCAAAAGAUAAAAAAUAACUAGUAACAUUUUGUGUGUCAACAUUUCUUAUCAUGUAAAAUGCAUUGGGAUAACUUCGAUAACGGGGUAAUUUUAAAAAUCGCUAAUAUCUACUUAAUCUACUAAACUACUGCUACUGCAACGUUUACCGAUGCAUCCUACUUACUAACUGUUGCUACAGUAGAAAUUGCUUCUAGUUUAGUAAGUAGGUACCUAUUAGUUAUUUUCAAAAUUAUCCCGCUUUCGAAGUUCUCCCAAAACACCUUAACAAUUUUUUCAUGUAACUAACUUAUGUCAGUUUUUUUCGCUCGGAAAAUAUAGAUGACUACCAACAUUAAAUUGCGCAGGUAUCAAAACGUAGACGGAAAGUUGGUUCGAUAAAGCUUUGAUAGUUAGUAGUGUGUUAGUUCAUACGUCGUGUGAAUUUUGUCGCAUAAUUAGAAAAUGAUUGUCGUUUCAAUUUUGCCACUUCACUGAUUUUACUCUGCUAUAAAAUCUCCAGUUAUCGAAGUAGAACGCUCCUGUAUCGACGCUUUUACGAGAACAUGUUUUAUAGGACUUUACAUUAUUUUUAUAAAAUCACAUUUUAUUUCCAAAUUAGUGCCGUUGUCUGUCAUAUAAAAGACUUGGGAGAAACAAAAGUAGACUUAUUGAAAGCAGCAUUAUUAAUAGCUGGUGGCAAACCUGCGCGUUUGGAAGCGUUCCCUUGGAAUGUUCAGUUCUUGAACAGUGGAGGCAUGUGUGCAGCUAGCAUUUUAACUAAGAAAUCAGUGUUAACAGCAGGACACUGCUUCGACUUUAACAAAAACAUUGGAGAUAUGUCGAUAUUGGCAGCAUCGCAGUAUAUCUUUGAUCACCACAGGCAACAACACAAUGUCUGGGAUUUCAGGAUCCACCCGGACUAUAACACAUCAGCAAUAUUUUCCGAUGACAUAGCCAUCAUUUUCAUAGAGGACACAUUCGUCUUCGGCCGCGAAGUGCAGCCUGCAAAGCUGGUCAAUACUGAUCGCUGGAUGAGAGAAACUGGGAGUACGUUUGUAGCGACUGGCUGGGGACAGACUUCGGAAGAUGGUGAACUAUCUUUGAGAGGUCUUAUGGAAACAAAAUUACGCUUCAUUCCACGCAAGGAAUGUUUGAAAGAAUACGAAGGAGUGAUAUUCAGUCAUGACAUGUUCUGCCUUUACGGGAAUGGGACUAGUGAUACAUGUAAAGGGGACUCAGGAGGAGGCAUCUUGUGGAACAACAUGAUUGUGGGCAUCGUGUCGCACGGCAAAGGCUGUUUGAAGUAUCCCGGCGUUUAUUCCAACGUCUACUACUACACGGGCUGGAUACAGAACACCACCGAACAACUGUUUCAACGAUAUUGUAGAUUUCAGUCAUUUGGUUAGCUCCAGCUUACAAGUAAUAAAAAUAAGUAAUUUUUCACAUAUUCACAGUUUCAUUUCUCAAGUGUUAUGUAAUGGAAUUUUACUUAGUUUUGUAAUUUUUUAUGUCUUUCAAAGGUGACAAAUAUACGAUCGAAUAAAUAGGAUAAAAGCAACAUACGUAAGUGGCUUCUGUUUUUAUUAAACGUAAAGGUAGGUAAGAUGUAUACGAAAUAAUUUUAGGAAAAUUAAAGUAAUCGUAACUUAAAGUGCAUACAGCAUAAAAAUUAAAAACUAAUACUAAUUGUAACAUAAACAUAUCUUUAAAGAGUUAAGAGUCACAACAAACUAGCCACCGCCAUACAAUCGGGGUUACGCUCUCGUUUUAAUAAAGCGAGUAGAAAUUUCGAAUGUAUUUAAAGCUUUUACUUUGUCAAUAAUUUUUUUCAUUAUAAUUUUGAUGCAUAGGUACGUCAGUUAAUUACAGCCAGCGCACGCAAUUUGUUUUAAUUUGAUGUUUUGAACGUGCAAUCACAAUUUCGUUUACAUACCUAGUCAUAAAUCCAUUAUACCUACAAUAAAAAAGUUAAUUAGACCACCUCUGAAUUGCAGUUUUCAUUUAAUAACGCCGUAACAGUGAAAAAUCUUUGAACAUGUUAAAUCAAUCCCGUUAUACGUGUUUUGGCUUUUUAUAUUUAGUUCUGAUUACACAAACGUUAUGUCAUAGAUAUAGACAUAAACAUUUAUUGACAAUUGAGGGUAAAAUCGUGGGAGGUAAGGCGGUCCCUAUAGAGAAGUUCCCUCAUAUGGCUCAGUUGCUGAACGGGGGGGCGCUGUGUGCUGGCAGCAUCCUAUCGAGCUGGGCAAUCAUGACUGCGGCGCAUUGCUUCGAAUUUAACCAGGAUACAGACGAUAUGGAAAUUCACGUAGGAGCCAGAUAUACAUACGACUCGAAUGCUGAAGUGUACGAUAUAUGGUAUUUCACUAUACAUGAGGACUAUAGUAAGGUUAUGCCUUUUUCGUGUGACAUCGCACUCAUAUUUCUGAAAGAACCUAUCAAAUUCUCCGUUAAGACAAAAAAGGCCGUUCUUGCGAACUCAGAUAAAUGGAUGGUCCAGGGCGCAACCAACUUUUCAGCUGCGGGAUGGGGCUUGAUAAAAUACAAUGGUCCGCUCUCCAGCCACGGUUUAUUGACGACCAAUCUGCACUACGUGCCAUUAGACAAAUGCAGCCAGUUACACAACCUGACUAUGUCCGAGGACAUGUUCUGCUUGUAUGGAAGCGGAAAGUAUGACACAUGCAAAGGGGACUCCGGUGGCGGCGUGGAAUGGCAAGGGAUGGUAGUAGGAAUUGUAUCUCACGGUGACGGCUGCGCUCAAAAAAACAAGCCCAGCGUGUAUUCCAACGUUUGGUAUCUCAGAAGCUGGGUAAAGAAGAAACUGUUUGAUUUCCAAAAUGAGUUUUGCAACAAAUCGAUUACUGACGGGAUUAGGGUCGAAACUAAAAACACAAAUACUCGAAGGUGUAACAUAAAAUAAAGUUAUAGUAACUAUCUCGAAAAA